AUGUCAGCGUCCUCAAGCUUCAGAGACAUAAUUCUGUUUCUUUGUCUCGCCAUCGUUCCAGGGUCAAAUGGCGCGGACUGUUACUUUCCCGAUGGAAGCCUCGUUCCCAAUGACGAAUACACUCCAUGCCAAAACGGCACUCUAUUCAGCAUGUGCUGUAGGACGGGGGGUAUGAUACCAGAUACGUGUCAGCCUAGCGGCCUGUGCUAUAACAAGUGUGACCAUCAACACCGCUCAGGAUGCAAGAAUGACCCUGGUACAUUUUGGCGGGAGGCCUGUACAGAUCAGGCCUGGCAGAGCCCGUACUGUUUGCAGAAUGUGUGCACGGAUCCGUCUAUGAACGGUAGGGCCAACUAUAGUGUGCCCAUCACGCAGUGUAGCCGGGAUUCUAAAUGGUGCUGCGGUGCCAUAGACUCGCAGGAAUGCUGCGAUACAGACAUGAGGUUUGAGUUGGCGACAAAAUUGGGGCAGUCCCCGAGCUCAUCGCCUACGACGGCGACCAUAUCUGGUACAUCCACUAGUUCCAACCAAACACCUGCUGAAACGUCAACGGAUAAGUUGUCCUCAUCAAUCGGUGAUGGUGGAGUUGACCAGGGACUUGGGCAGGGAGCGAAGAUCGGUCUUGGCGUUGGCAUUGGGCUGGGGAUACCUGUCGUCUGCGGUAUUGCGGCGGCUAUGUUUCUGCGCUGGCGGAGAAAACGGUCCCCUCCUGUGGUGGGUCUACAUCGAGGAGAGGGGAAUUUUGCAAAGCCAGAAAUUGGAGGCACAUCAGUCGCUGAACUGGAUAACCGCGCCCUAGCAAGAGAGUUAGAAGGAACUGUGGUCAUGGCGGAAAUGGGCACGGAGGAGCCGAGAAAAUAG